AUGGAAUUCAUUGGUGAAAUUGAAGAGCCUGUUAUUAGUGAGAAUGCCAACAAUGAUUCAUAUGCUAGUGAUUUAGAGGCUAAUAAUUUUCAAGAACCUUGCUUGGAAAUGGAAUUUGAGUCACAAGAAAAUGCUUAUUCUUUUUAUGUUCAGUAUGCUAAAUGUGUUGGAUUUGGUGUUUCCAUCAAAAGUAGUCGCCGUUCAAAGAUUUCUAGACAAUUUAUUGAUGUCAAAUAUGCUUGCACAAGAUAUGGAAAUAAACGAGAGUCGACUUCCCAAAAUCCACGGCCUUGUUUGAAGGUGGAUUGUAAGGCUGGCUUGCAUAUUAAAAGAAGAUGUGAUGGAAAGUGGGUUAUCCAUGGCUUCAUUAAAGAUCAUAAUCAUGAACUUUUCCCAACAUAUGCACAUUAUUUUCCUUGUCAUAGAAGCAUCAAUAAAGCUCAAAAGCAAUGUAUUGAUACUUUGCAACAUGUUGGAGUGAGAACAAAUAAAAUUUAUGCCACAAUGGCCAAACAACACGGAGGAUAUGAAAAAGUUGGUUGUUUGGAGAAAGAUGUUAGAAAUCAUUUGGAUAAGGAACGUCGUCUGAAUUUAGAAUCAGGAGAUGCAAAUGCAAUGUUGGAGUGUUUUAUGCUUAUGCAAGAAGAAAAUCCAAGAUUUUUUUAUGCAUUUGAUUUGGAUGAUGAUGGUCGUGUAAAAAAUGUAUUUUGGGUGGAUGCAAAUGGUAGAGAUGACUAUCAAGAAUUUGGAGAUGUGAUUUCAUUUGAUACCACAUAUAUCACAAACAAAUACAAAAUGCCAUUUGCUCCAUUCAUUGGUGUGAAUAAUCACUUUCAAUCAAGACUCCUUGGUUGUGCAUUACUAGCAAAUGAGUCAUCUGAGAGUUUCAUAUGGUUGAUGAAAAUAUGGCUUAGGGCAAUGGGCGGCAAACCUCCAAAUGCAAUAAUAACCGAUCAAGAUAAAGCAAUGAAAGUGGCCAUUGAAGAGGUAUUUCCAAACACUCGACAUCGGUUUUGUUUGUGGCAUAUACUUAGAAAGGUGCCCGAGAAGUUAAGCCAUGUAAUGAGAAAAAAUGAAGAUUUCACCCGUGAUUUUAACGCAUGUAUUUACAAGUCUCGGUCAAUACAACAAUUUGAAGAUAAAUGGAAAGAAAUGGUAGAGAAAUUUCAACUGUCAGAGGAUGGGUGGAUUCGAUCUUUGUAUGGAGAACGUGGACAUUGGGUUCCUGUUUACAUGAAAGAUACAUUUUUUGGUGGCUUGUCAACGACUCAAAGAUCAGAGAGCAUUAACUCUUUUUUCGACAAAUAUGUUGUCAUACCCUAAUUUUUGACCCCCCUGAGAUGACAUAUCUUCAGGAUUUUUCAUCAGGUCAAGACAAGUACCCAGAGCAGUCAUUUCUCCAUCUGAUACCUAAUCGAGGAUGCACAAAGACAAGAAAGCUCAGGCAAAGGAUCAAUCAAUACAAAGAUUAGCCUCUAAUACAAUCAUGGAGCUCAAAAACUUCACUUUUCUCAUCUAUGAUUGAUUAGACAUCCAGUCAUAUGAGUACAGGCUUACUCAGGUCACCAGACUAGGGUUUUGAGCCUAUCAAGGACUAAAAUCAGGGAUCACAUUUGGGAAACCCUAAGAAACCUCAGAGGGUCAUUCAAAGACAUCAAUCAUCUUCAAAUAACUCAUAUUACAAGGUCUACUGGACAUCACACUUCAAUUCAAAGUCUACAGUCAUUACUUUCACAUGGUCGACAAAUUAGGGUUUUGACCUAAUUCACCAAGAUAGUUGACUUCUGAUCAGGGCAUGAAUCCAAAACUCAAGACAUGAUUCAAGGAUCUCUACUACCUCCAUAUAAUCCAUUUAUAUCAUCCAUUUGGGGAGAAGAUCUUAUUUCUACACAAAAGCCCAAAAAUUCACUUUGUCAGGAAAAAGUCAACUGUGAAGGAUCAUCAUUGACUUUUAAGGUUUUUGGUCAAAAAAUGACUUUCAAAGAUCAAUAUCAUCAAUAUAUGGAUAUCAAAGUCAUUUGGCCAAAGAAAUUCAAAGAAAUUCAUCAAGGAGCGAAAAGUCGGGAAUUAGGGUUUUUAAAGGCAUGGUGAGAUCUCAAAAUUUCACCUACACAACUCAAAAAACUUCCAACAUGAAAGUUGUAGAUCUUGCAAAAUAAAACAACAUCUU